AGUUUUUCAUUUGGCAUAAACACUAAACUUGAAAGUGGAAGAAUUCGCUGAAAUUCGUUUAAAUCGGUUUGAAUUAUUUACAUAAACGAGAAAUUGGUUUAUUCGUGUUCCCUACAAUUAUCUCUGUUUUGUAUAAGUAAUCUUUAAGUCAAAUGAAGUGCACCUUAGAUGGAGCGAAUGCUAGCAUUUUUGCAAAAGCAAUUCAAUCGCUAUCAAAACUUGGACCAGAUUUAUUCAUUGAAGUUAAUGAUAAUGGACUGCAAUUACGAGCGUUGAAUUCUACACGUUCUGCGGUAGGAAGUUGUAAAUUUACGAAAACCUUUUUUGAAGCAUAUCAUGUGAAAGCGGGAAUUGAAAACUAUUAUAAGAUUUCAAUGAAGGCCUGUCUCUGCGUGUUUCGGAAUAUGAAGCAAGUAGAGCGGUGUGAACUGAGUAUAAUUCAAGAACUGUCAAAAUUUCAAGUUAAUUUAAAAUGUCAUUUAGAGACAUUAAAAAAUGUUUUGAUUGCUAUUAUAGACGAAGAAAAUAUAAAUGCUGCUGUGCUUCCUGAAAGCAUGCCAAAUAUUAUUACUGCUUCGCACAAAACUUUUACCGAAAUUUCCUCUAACUUUAAUCUAAAUGAAGAGGAAAUAACAUUCGAAGUUCAAAAAGAUUAUGUUACAAUUAAAAAUUAUAUAGAAGGAUCUCGAGUCAGUGACAAUUUUAUGCGUUCUCAACUUCAGCUAAUGGCUUCAGAGUUCGACCACUACAAUGUAAGCCAUAAAUGCCACGUAACUUUUUGUUUAAAAGAAUUUCGUGCUUUUUUAAUAUUUGCGGAAUCGUUAAAUGAAAAUUUGAGCUUAAAUCUUGAUGACGCUGGCAGUCCAAUUUUUUUAAAAAUAAAAAAAUAUGACCAAAUAGAAUGCUUAUUAAUAAUGUCCACACUUUCUCCUGACGAUAUAAGUUUCUAUGAAGAUUGUAAUCCAGCUGAACUAACUAAUGCCAAUAUAAGUAUAAAGAGAAAAUUAAACGUGCAUGAUGACGAGCAUAAAAACCAAUCAAAAACAAGAUUUAUAAGCGAUGCAUCAACACUCAGUAACGAUUCACGACUUUUUGAUGAUAAUGGUAAUACACAAAGUGCUUCAAAGUCCGUAAACACACCACCAAAUCUAUUAAAUAAUGUUAGUCAUAUUUGUGAUAGUCAUGUGUCUCUACGUAUGCCACCUGACUCAAUACUGAAAGACACUGAUUCUCCUGUUACGUUUUAUGAUGCAGGAGAAAUUGAGAACGAGUGUAUACCUUCGUCGCCUGGACGAAAUACAAACCGCAUGCGGUCAAUAUUUGUUAGAUGUUUCGAAUCCACAUAUGUUCCUAAAGAACCUAAGCCGGAUUGCAACGUGUAUAUAUCGGACUCAGACGCUGAUUAAAAAAAUACACAAAUAUACUUUUUGUUUUUAUUACUUUUAAAUUUUGCAGAUGUAUAAAGUAUUUUAUAU